UGGUCUUACAUCCUGUUUUAUUCACUUCAUUGUUUAUUUUCCAUGCUUUGUAUUUGGGAUAGCAAUAUAUCACAGGUUAAUAAACCUUUGCAAAUUCAUUUAUUUCAUCUUUACAGGAAACAGCACAACAAAUCCCCCACAUAAUCAUCAUGGACGACGUCUGCGAGAAUCCUCUUGCAAGGAAUGAUUUGGGAAAAGGUCCGUUGGAAGAAAGACCUCUAUAUCAUUUCGCUUGGAAUCUGAAAAUUGGGGUUGAGAUCGAUUGCGAUAAGGUAAUACGCAAGAUAGACGAUGACUUGGACAAGACACCACACUUACUGGGGAUCGAAGGUCUUCUCUUCAGGGCGUACUUGGAAGUAUGUGACGACCCAAAACGCUGGAACGUUCGUAAAGCCAGAGAGUUCCUGGACAAAGCAGACGAGAGGAUAGAACAGACAGAUGAGCGUCUGCGUAAAGGCUACAAAGUUGUGUCACUGCUGAAUCGCAUGUGGAUCGAGAACAAAUGCCUUAAAACCCAAAAGGUCAAAGAGCUACGCGCUGAAUUACGUGGUUACACACUGGAGAACGAAGAUUUUCUAGUGAUCGGAGCAGUGCACGCGGCUGCUUUGAAACGACUCGGACCCAAUGUGUAUGCGUCUUCUCUGGAAAUGUUUGAGAAAGCGCUGGAGAAGUUCCCCGAAAAUGUCAACUUCCUCCACGGGGCUGCGCUAAUGGCGGGCAGAAUGGCAAGAUAUAGAAGAGUCACCACCCCUGAGUACGAAAAGAUGGACCCUAUGGGUAAGGAUCUCUUGGACAAGGAAAAGGAUUACUUGCAAAAGAUGAUGGAGAUAAAGGAUGAAUAUCAGCUUGCAAGGUCAGCUCUUGGAUUGAACUUAAUUGGACGAGGGGAAGAACAAAAAAUAGAAGGACUAAGUCAUUUGACGAGGGCAUACGAAGAAGCCCAUGAAGUGCAAAAGGUAGUACUGAAUUUAGUCAGAUAUUACAGACGUGAGGGAAAGGUUUCAGAAGCCAUAGACAUAUUAAAAGAUAGAAUUCAAAACAAUCCAAACUGCUACGAGAGUCAUUACCAGUUGGCACUGUUUCUUUGUUUAUAA